AGAUAAAAUGUCUGAAUAAUGGAGGCUGAGAGAUCUAAACGUCUGUACAUGCUUUCUAUUCAUAUUAGGAUAAAUAAAACUGAAGAUAUUUCCUUGAUUUUUGCUGAACCUUUCCAAUCUGACCUAGGUAAACUCGUGCAGGACAAAUUUUUCCUGAGUUUGAUCGAGGAACAUCUUGAGGAUACUGAAUCUGUUCCUGGACCUAGUCUACAGCCGGCAGGAGAUGCCAAAGACAGUAAAGAGAGCGAAGGGGAAAAGGAGGAUGAGGAGAUUGGUCUGAAGAAUGUAUCUGAUGAUGAUUUCAAGGACGAAAUUGACGAAGAUGAGAAUGAUGAUGAGGAUGAUGCAAAGAAAGAGAAUAAUUCAAAAAAUCUAAAUAAAUUUACGAAAAAGGAUGAUCUCCCGAUAGAAAAGGUUUCUGAGAAUGAAUAUAUGUGUCGGAUUUGUCAGAAAGUUUUUAACUCUGGAACAAAUGCAAGAAAACAUGUUAAAACCCACGGGAUUGGAACUGAACCUGCAUCAGAGAGAACUUGUCCCAACUGCAACAGAGUAUUCAAAUAUGCAACCUUAUGUAAACUCCAUAUCAAGCGAACAUGUAAACUCAAGAAAUCUCCAGAAUGUGAUGAGUGUGAAAUCCAGUUUCAGAGCAAAGAGGAAUUGAAAAUACACAUACGGACAGCGCACUCUUCUGAUAAGCUCAAGUGCAGAUUUUGUGAUUUCGUCGCGUCUACUGUUGAUUGUAGAAAACUUCACGAGAAAGGUGUUCAUUUGGAUCUCAAAUGUCGAAUUUGUCGAAAACUUUUUGAAUCCGGAGAGGAAAAAGAAAAUCAUAUUUGUUGCCAGCCGGAACCAUUUCAGUGUGAUGAAUGUGAAAAGAGUUACACGACAAAGGGAGCGCUAAAGUUUCACAUUGAAACUGCACAUCGAGGUCUUCGAUUUAAUUGUCAUCUUUGCCACGAUGUUUUGUCCAAUAAACAGGCGCUGGAGCGACAUAUACGCAACGUUCAUGUUGUUAGCGUUAGAAACUUUAAAUGUGAGAUCUGUGGAAGCUCGUUUAAAGAUAAAGAGUACCUGACAAGACACGAGAAGUUGCAUACAGACACCCAGAAGUCCGACCCGUGUCCUCAAUGUGGGAAAGUUCUGACCAACCACCGUGCUCUAAAAAUACACAUUAAGAGAGUUCAUGAACGUAACUUUAAGCACACUUGUGAAGAUUGUGGUAAAACGUUCCCGUACCUGAACACGUUGCAGAUACACAUGGAGAUGGUGCACAUGAAGGGCUCCCUGCACAUGUGCCAGGUGUGUGGGAAGGAGUGUAUAGGAAAGAAAAGAUUGCACAAUCAUAUGCAGAGAAAGCAUCCUAAAGGACAACAGUUUGGAGAUUGUGAAGUCUGCAAAAAGGAGAUCCCAUUGUCUCAGAUGAAAUCUCAUGUUUACGAGAUCCAUAAGAUGGCUGGAUAUAAGUUCCAGUGCGAUUACUGUCCUAAAAGGUUUGACACAAAAGCCCAUAUCCGAGUACAUUUAAGAAAGCAUACCAAAGCCAGACCUUACCUUUGUCGUGGUUGUGGAAAACACUUUAGGAAAGAGUGGCAUGAAGAUCCCUUAAAGCCUCGGUUUUAUAUUUUGAUGAAGAUGUGUGUCCAGAGAUCUGAUGAUUACUAAGAAGCAUAUCAGGAUGAACCAUGCUGCUGAUUUCUCUCUCUGCUUCUAUGAUGUCACAAGAGACAUAUCAAAUCCAUACACAACAUGAC